GCACUGCACGCCUUUCUGGCCAGACGACCAGCGGUGCAGAGAAGGGCAGCAUGGCUCCAGGAGAGAAGGAAAGGGAGGAGAUGCCAGCCAAGAGUGCCCUCCGCAAGGUCCGCACUGCCACCCUGGUAAUUAACUUGGCCCGUGGCUGGCAGCAGUGGGCAAACGAGAACAGCACCAAGCAGGCCCAGGAGCCUGCAGGCUGGUUGCCCGGAGCAACCCAGCACCCACAUCCUGCUGGGAAACCAGUGGUACACCCUCCUCCCUUCCAGAAAGACCAGCGUGCUGUCUCCAAAUGUCCAUCCCAGCAGCCAGAGGGACAGAGCCCUGGGCGAAGUCCGGAGGGGCCGCCUGAGGUCCCCCACAUCAAAAGGAAAGAAGUGACCAAAACAGUUGUCAGCAAGGCCUACGAGAGGGGCAGAGAUGUGAGCGAUCUCAGCCACCGGUACGAGAGGGACAGUGACCUGCGUGACUCUGAGCAGCCAGGAGACGACAUCGACAGGAUCCUCAACAGCCAUGGCUCCCCAGGGCGACGGAGGAAGUGUGGCAGCCUGGUGUCCGAGCUGACCAAAGGCUGGAAAGAGAUGGAGGAGGACGAAGUCAAGUGGCGGAGUGACAGCAUAGACACAGAGGACAGCGGCUACGGAGGGGAGAACGAGGAACGGUCGGAGCGGGAAGGGGAACAGGUGGCUGGAACCCGAAUCAAGCGCCCGCUGCCCUCCCAAGCAAACAGAUUUACAGAGAAACUCAGCUGCAAGGCCCAACGGAAAUACAGCCAAGUGGGCAGCUUGAAAGGGAGAUGGCAACAGUGGGCCGAUGAGCACACACAGGCCCAGAAGCUCAAUCCUUUCAGUGAGGAAUUUGAUUAUGAGCUGGCCAUGUCCAGCCGCCUACACAAGGGAGAUGAGGGUUACGGCCGCCCGAAAGAGGGAACCAAAACUGCCGAGAGAGCCAAACGAGCCCAGGAGCACAUCUAUAGGGAGAUCACGGACCUGUGCUUCAUCAUCCGCACAAUGGCUCGCCACAGGCGAGAUGGCAAGAUCCAGGUGACUUUCGGGGACCUUUUUGACAGAUACGUGCGUAUUUCAGAUAAGGUCGUGGGCAUCCUCAUGCGGGCCCGGAAACAUGGACUGGUGGACUUCCCAGGAGAAAUGUUAUGGCAAGGCCGAGACGACCACGUGGUGAUUACUUUACUGGAGUGACCCUUCAACAAGCAAAGCCAGAUCCGACCCACUCCUGUCUUAAUGCUAAAAUGUAAAGGCAUUCACAAUUAAAAUGAAAAUUGCUGUCAUAACUCAGUAGAUAUUAAUUGUACACAGUUUUAGGGCUUUAUUUUUAUCUUUGAACACUUGAAAAGCACUUCCCAGUGCAAUAGUUCACUAUCCAGGGCUGGCAAGUCCACACUGACAAAUGGUGGCCCCUUGUGACGAAAGAGCUGCUCGUUGGGUUUCUGAGACUGCAAAUCUAUUGGGAAGCGGGCGGCCUUCUCUUUCUCUGGAGGAGCAGCUGGUGGGUUUGAACCACUGACCUUUGGGUUCACUGCCCACUUAACCUACUGUGCCACCUGGACUGCUUAAGAGUGUCAUUAGUGUAUACUAAAUGUUUUAAUUCAUGAAAUUCCACUGACCCUAUUAGGAAAAAAGAAAUGGCUCUUCACAGCAGAAAUGAUUAGGGAUGUUCCACGAAUUACAUAUUGCAUCUAAGAAUGCCAGCAGGGCACACUAUGAUAUCAGCAUUAUUUUGUAGGAAGAUGGCAAAAUGUCCCACUUAGUUCAGCAAAUCUAAUUGGGAAAGGGUCUAAGAAGUUUAACUUGAUACAUUUGUAUUGAUCAUAGAAUCAGAUAAAAUAAGAUGCAUAGGAAACUAAGUUCUACAGUAGCACGUUGGCACGGAUGACGUGCCUCUGGGGGCUUUGCCUAAAAUCUCCAGGUAGGAGCUGGCUUUGCUCCUUCUGAGUGAUUUGGGCAGAUCACCUGGAAGCCACUACUGAUGCUCUCACAGGCACCUGAGAGCGUGGCUAUGUUCACUGCACUCUGAGUAUAAAGGUGGGAGAUUCAAAUAUGUCUGCCUUACUGUAGGACUUCUGGUAGAAAUUGAUCAUUUCCCCCCAAAAAACCUUCAAUUAUGCUUCUGUGGCUUGCAUUUAUGUGUCAAUGGACAAUGAAAAAAACCAACACCAUUCUAUGUUGAAAUGGAGAGUCCUGUAUGGAAGAACGUUAAGGAAUCCCUGGGAAACCAGAAACAUGUGAAGCACUCUGUCUUUAUUCUGCAAUCAAGACCACCUUAUGAAAUGGCUGAAAGUUAGAAAACAGCAUUAGACCUGCCAAAGUGAAAAAGUAUUUGUUUAAUGCAGUGGCCCAAAGAACGUUGACAAGUGUCUGUUGUCAAAUAUUUUGUUUAAUGAGUAACAUAUUUUCUAUACUUUAUAAAAUGGAACAUGAGUUUAAUUCAAAUGCAUUGGCAUUGUAGAAAUUUGGUAUUAAGAAAAUUAAUGUCAAAUUUUGAGACCUCAAAAUGAUAGGCUUUCAUAAUCGUUAGGUUUUAGAUAUAGUUGAACUUACAGAAAUCACCUUUUAUUCAUGAUCCUCUUUCAAACUGCAAGUUCGUAUACCUCCUUAAAGAAGUAGGUAUAUUUUGUUCCCAUCAUACUUAUGAAAUGACAUAAAUCAGAAUUUCAUGUAACUUGUGCAUUUACAUCAAAAAAAGGAAGCAUGUCAAAAUUUAAAGGCAAAUGGCACCAAAUUAAAAGACGUUUUAUGCUUCCUGCUUUUGUUUAUACAGUGCUUUUUCUAGGUUAGAUUCCACAAUGUCACUUUGUGUUUAAAAUAUAAGAAAAGAGACAGAGACUCGGGCUACUUCUGGUUUGGGGACUUAGACCAAAGCACAGAAAGAGUUAUUUCCUAUUCAAUCUGCAACCGUUUAUACAGGUAUGAACAUAUUCAAAGUUCAAGUUGUUUGAAUUUGGGGUUAAAAAUUCUCGUAAAGGGCCAGAAAACUAGAGGUCUUAGGGAAAAAUGCCUUCUGGAUGACAGGCACAUCCUGACAAUGGUCUCGUUAGGUGGGCAGCAUCCUAAGAGCUGGCUUGUUACACUCAGAGCUAUAUAGGGCUUAGAGAUUUUUUUCCUGGCUUAAUGUACUUUAUUCCUGUGUUAAAUGUCCCCUUGUCAUAUUGUUUCCUAACUAGGCAAUCCAAAAAUAUUCUCUAACCAAGCAAAUCAUUAUUGCUCGGUUAAACUACCUAAAGCUACCAUAACAGGAGUUUCUCAGUUAUCAGUGAUGGGUGAGAGGGAGGGAGGGGGUUACCAGCGCCUCGGGAAACUGGAACAAAACCAAAGAAUGAGACUGGUUGCUGCUGCUGUGGUACAUGUGGUCAAUGUCCGUGUCCUGUGGAAAUGGUUCAGCUAGCAAAUGUUCUCACCUUUCUUUUACCACGUAAAAGAAAACAAACACAAAGCCCAGAAUAGGAAAACCCAUAGUUGAGAACUUUUAGGGCAUUUUGACAAAUACAAAAACAAGUAUAGCUCAGGCAACUAAUGAAAAUUUCUUUAUACUCAACCAAAAAAAAAGAGUAGCAAAUGAAAUAAAUACAUUAUCAGUAGCAUUUUAACCUUGGUAAACCUAGAUCCCCAUUAAGUGCUGUACGGUUGGUUUCCAAAUCUUUGAGGUUUUCUAAGCUUUUUUUUCCUUCUGGACCUCCAUUCAAGAUGUCUGAUGCUUCCCAGUCUCUAUCAGCUGUCAUGCUCAUAAACUUCCAUAAACGUUUAUAGUUUUGACUUCCUGAUUCCCAACGUUAACGCUCAUUAAAGAGGAAGUUCAGA